AUGGAGGAAAAGGGUAUCGAGAAUGUAUUGGAACUCCAAGCUUUUAUUGUUCUGUGGAAAACUCUGGCCACAGCCAGUGCAAAUUCUUUGACAUUUCUGAGCACGAAGACCGUCGGGUCAAGUCAGUCAGUUGUGGAUACCUCACCUCGCAAUGAACAAAUCGAAAAGUCAUCUGAAAUAACAAGAAGAGAUGUAAUAAAAUUUGUGGUGGAAGAAAUACGCAAAGACAACGGGAGGCCAUGUAGAACUGCUGAGUCAACUGAAGAAAAUCUAGAGGCGAAUUUGGUCAUGAAUUCGCAAUGCUUAUGCAAUGUACCGGAAGGAUGUUUCUUCUGCAAAGGGAAUGAUUUCGCGCUGUCGCAGGUGGCGCGCGCAGCGGCGGAGGCGCAGGAGCAGCACGAGGCAGCGAUGGCGCGGGCGCCGCGGGGGCCGUGGAUGCUGCGCGUGGAGGCGGCGGAGGGGUGCGCGCGUGGGCGCCAGGCCGCGGUGGCCGAGGUGGCCGCCCUGCAGCCGCAGGCCCUCGCCGCCGCCUUCCAGGCGUGCGGCUCCGUCGAGGCCGUCACGCGCGCGCCGCACGGCGUUUUCUUCGUCACCUUGGCCGACCGCGCCUCCUGGGAGAUGGUGAUUAAAGAACCUUCGAUACGUGUCGGAGGACACCACCUCAAAGUUGUUCCAAGCCAUGUUUCUCCAGCUGUGUUGAUUUCUCAUUUGCCUGAAAGCAUUCGAUUCGAGACAUUGGAGUAUGAAGUUCGGCGCUACUUCAUGGAGAAUGGCGUUUUGGCGUGUGUGACAUCCCAUUGGGCGCCGUGCAUUAUGGCCGUGAAGUUUGCCGAUUGCGACAAUAGAGACAUGGCGAUUCGCAUGCGGUCAGUGCGCCUGAAGCAGUGGCUGCUGCCCAUCGUCUGUUGCGAGGCAGACUACGCCCGCAUCCUCCUUGACGCCGCGGGUCUGUCCGGGCCUGUGGCCCCCACACCGGCGGCAGCUGGCGAGGAAGAGUGCCGGACGGAGGCGGAGGUGGAGGCGGAGAGCCCGCUGGUGGCGCUGGCGGAGGCGCUGGCGGCGGCCGCGGCGGAGGCCGGGGAGCCACUUGCUGCGUCGCCCCAGAGGGCGGAGGGUCCUACGUCGCCGCCCUUGUUCUCGUCCACGCCGUUGGCCCCGCCCCCGCCCCGACACCUGCUGCGUGCUGCCCAGACGCCGCCGCCGCCGCCGCCGCCGCCCUCGCCGCCCACCCCGCCCACCCUGGGCGCCUUGGAGAAGUGGAGGCGAAGGUUCGCCUCACUCCAUGCACAGGAGGACCACAUGCAGAUACAGUUGCAGCCGCAGCUGGAGAACAAGAACCACCAAGAGAAGGGUCAGCAAGAGCUGCAGGUACCGCGGGAGCAGCACUUGCAGCAGGAGCAGCAAGAGCUGCAGGAACCGCGGGAGCAGCACUUGCAGCAGGAGCAGCAAGAGCUGCAGGAACCGCGGGAGCAGCAAGAGCUGCAGGAACCGCGGGAGCAGCAAGAGCUGCAGGAACCGCGGGAGCAUGCGACUUGCACUCCUCCUGCAACUUUUGCGGCAGAGCAAGGGUUGCAGGUAGCGUGCAAUUCUCCUGAACCUCUGACACUGCAAGGUCACCAGACGCCAAAAGAGCUCCGGGAGUUGCAAAUGCUGAAGCUACCACAGAAUUCUCUCUCAACCAUUGAGAAAGAACCAAUGGAUGAAUCACCUGCAAGCGAUCCUGGCGUUUCAAACGCCACCUUCAUCUUUAAAUCACCUGCCGAAGGGACACAGGGGAGUCGCGAGGAAGCCCCAAACCUAAAAGGAGGUGAAGGACAUCUAUCACAAGGCAAAUAUGAAGAUACGGCGUCGGGUAAUGAAUCAGUUGCAGCAUCUAGUGCCUCGACUGGCACCAUAUCGAACAAUCAGUCUAAACAAAGUUCUUUUACCUUUAAAUACAGAGAGGAAGCCGAUUUUCAGUUCCACAAAUCUUUGGGUGAAACGACACAAGACUACAAAUGUUUUACAAAGACAAGAAGAGGAAAAAGAAACAGAUCUAAAGGAAAUAAAAAGUCUGUCUACUCGAGAACUCGUACCCUUCCCGCAACUGAAGAUACCCAACCCAAUGACCCUGUAUCGAAGGGUUUUGCCAGCGAUAGUGAUGGGAAAAAUUGUUCUAUACGGCAGAACAAACCAGUCACGUAUACACGGCGGAAUGAUGACAGCGGCAAAGAAGAUGAAUUUGAAUGCGAGAGAACUGAAUCUAAAAUUGAAGAGGAAAAAUGGAAACCAGAAGUGUCAGGGAAAAACGAGUCAAAUAUACAGAUAGAUAGCGUGUCAAGAGCAACACGGUUUACAUUUUCUGCCGUUCCACCGAGAUUUAUGGAAAAUUCAGCGAAUCUUUCACUUGGUAAAACACCUGUGCCGCAACCAUAUAGUGCAGGAAUAAUUCAAGGUACAAUUGAUUCACAACAUUUAAAUCGUUCGUUUCAAAACGUUGAUCCGUUUUAUGACACGAGUCGGGAAAUUGACUCCCAUCAGGUCCUGCCUAAUCAUAUUAUACAUGAAAACUUGUCCGUCCAAACUUCAUCUCAAAGAAAUUCGUUUCGUCAGCAGGAAGUGUCUCGGCAUAAUGUAUUUCAAGGUUUCUCCGGAAAUCAAACGGCGAGAAGUCGGAAUCACUUGCAAGAAGUGCCUCAACAGAAUCGACUUCGAGUUUUGUCCAAGGAACUUCAAUCUGUUAGAAGUCAACUGCAAGAAGUGCCUCAACAGAAUGGACAAGAUUUGCCUAAAGAAGCUCUAUCUCCGAGAAACUGGAAUCGGUUACAAGAAGUGCCUCAACAGAAUCAAUAUCAAGGUUUGUUCGAACAAACUUCAUCACAGAUAAAUCUUACCCAACGACAAGCAAUGCCUGAGGACAAGAUUAAUCAAGACUUGCCUGAAGAUAGUUAUCAAAUCGUUCACGGAGGCUUUCAAGGAAAUGUUUCUAAUCAGAAAGAAAUGUGUUGGUACAAUCUUAGAGGUCCGUCCGAACAAUCAUUUUCUCAGAUUUGUCUGCCUCAACAGCGACAUAUACCUCAAUACAAUGGGCACUUGUCCGUGCAAACUCCAUCACAAAGGAAUGCUUUUCAGCAGCAAGAAAUACUAGAGUACAGUGUUGACCGAUAUUUGCCGGGGCAAAUAAACCAGAGUGGGAGAGUACCUGAUAGGCAAAUGUUUACAAACAUAUUUGACUCAAGAGAAAUUCAUACGCAGGACCGUCAUCAAUCUUUAAUCAAUACCAACCCUCGUCCAACCUUUAAUCAAUAUCAACCCUCGUCUAAUCGAAAUGCGACUUUUGAAGAUCAAGAGUCGACUAAUUCUCGACCGUUCAAAGAACAUAGGGACUCAACGCUUUCAAGUGAUUUCAUGAAAUAUCAAGAAUUAUCUCGACAAUCUUCAUUUAUCCCGACUCGAAUUCCGCAGAAUGGCUGUGUAGAUGAAAACUCUACAGGCUUGACGUUUUGCGGACGUAAUUUCCCGGGAUUGGGAGAGAAUUCUACACCAGCGUAUACACCAGGCAUCCCUGUUCGACCAGAGUUUUCACGAGAAUUAUCAACGCAAAAUGUUUAUCUUCACCCGAUGCCUCAACUGGGUGUAUCCGAUGAAGUAUUUUCACGCCAGACUACAUUUGGAAGAGGAAUUUUUGGCAGAAGAGCGACUCUAUUGCCACAACAAAACGCCAUGCCUCCUAUUGCUUCUUUGCAGCCCGUAAACAAUUUAAUAAUACGUGGGAGAGAGCCACUGCAUUCGACUCUAACGCCUCAAUCCUUCAAUAUUCCUCAAGCAAAUGGAACGGAAGAUCAGGCACACCUCUUGACGCAAACGUCUGGCUCUAGUCUGAUCGACUCCGUAGCAUUGGCUUGUCGUAUUGUAGCAGAGUCCGAGACCCAACAAAAUUUUAAUCAUCCGAACUCUAAUUCCUGACAUUAGCAGAAUGCUAAAUAAGAGUAAUACAUAAUUUAUAGCGUCGUUUUUAUAAGCGGUGAAACGAAGCAAUUUCUAUAACUUAAUCUUGAUUUUAACUCAAAAUUGGGUUUUACUAUAAUCUUUAAACAUUUGUAGAAGAAAUAAAUGCAUUUUAAACCGGCUAUUUCGAAUGAAAAAAAAUUUUGUUCUAUAGUUUGAAUUGAAUUUUACCAAAUAAUUUUCCAAAUCCAAAUAAUUUUUUCUGUAAGAAUAUUAUCAGUCCGAAUGUAUACUAAAGAUGCAAAUAUAACGUGUAUAACAUUUUUUUAAAAAUAAAAAUAUAUAUU